AUGCCAAGUGGAAGAGGCAAAAGGGCUGAUAGAGGUGGGUUUAACAGUCACAGAAAUUCCCCAACAACAGUUGAAAGAAAGGAAAAAAAAACACCUUCUCCACAAACAAAUUAUCACACAGAACCAAGGUGUUGCUUGUCGGUACCACAAGAAGACUUGAUUAUUCAUCGCUUGACAGAACACACCAAACUUGGAAAGUAUUUGUUACAAGACGAUGUUGUCGAAGACAUAACGUCCGAAAAGCUUGUGGCUGUUUACAACCAAAUAAAACAAAGAGCACCAAAACCGGAGCAAUUCAUUGCGAAACUCAGUUCAGUAUUUAAUGAAAUUUACGAAAGUAGUGAGGUGAAAGUUUAUGGAAGUGGGGCGUACGACUUCAUAGGGGAAGAUUUGGAUGUUACAUUAGUCAUCAACCAACCUUACACAUAUCAGUCAACUUAUGAACGAAAGAAAAUGGUGUCGAAGGGGCGGGUGAGUGGCUUCAUAUCACAAUUCAGAGAAGACAAAAUCUGUGAGUUGACGUUCAUUUCAGAACAACUUACAAGACAGAGAGGGUUUGGAGGGGUUAAUAUGAUAGGUGCAAGAGUCCCCAUUAUCAAGUGUUAUAUCGACCGAGUUUCUGUUGACAUAUCACUCGACAACUACGAGGGGAUUUACAACUCGGAGUUUUUAAAGGAGUAUCUCUCGUUCGACAAAAACCUUUCAGUGAUUGUCUACUACAUCAAGGAAACACUUCGAACACUUCGCGUCAUCGAUCCAAUGCACGGCGGGUUUAACUCGUUUUGUGUUGUGGUCAUGACGAUUUAUUAUCUUCAACAACGCGGCCUCUUGCCAGAUAUACAAAGUGAAGAGUACAUUCAAAAGGCGAGGAACUUGAAAUACACAAUUGUGGAGAAGGUUGCGUUGGUCAACUUACAGAAGGUGGAGUACGUCACAUCUGGUUGCCCAUUCUUCGAUGAAUACAAAAGGAAAUUGAGCGAGGUCGAUGUCAUCGAGACAAUCGACGGGUUUUUCACAUUUUAUGGGCAGGAGGGAAAUCUGCGAAAGGUCAUCUCUCUCCAUAAGGAAGUAACCCCGGACAUAUACCCCAAACCCAGCGCAAUUGAGAUAUAUCCACCGUUUGUACCAUUUUUGGAUAUGGGAUUUAACAUAUCGUUCCGAGUGGACGAUAUGGAGUAUCUCUUUAGAAACAGCGUCAUCGAAGUGCUCAAAGAGGUGAUAAAGAGUCGCAGCGGCCCAACCACACAAACGUGUGUGUUAAUUAAAAAGAUCAUGUUUGAUACAACACCAAUUGAAGUGAUUGAAAGGUUCAAAAAGUUCAACCCGAAAGAGGCACUGUUCUAUCUACCUGAGUUGUUAGAAGCAAAAAGUGUGCAAAUGGGAAUUGCGUUCAUCAAAUUUUCUGGAAAGGAUCUGAACGCGCUCCUGAAGGACAAAACAUUCACAAGAAACUUGGGGUACACCAUCACGCCGUGUGGAAACAGCGUAUUCGACGACCCUCCCAAUGGUGGCUUGUACUGGAAUUCCGAAGAACCGCUGUUACUCUGA